AUGGCGACGCGUGAUAAAUUGAGGGAAUUAAGGGAAGCUAGGGAAGGCGGUGGAAGGGCGAAGCAGUUUAAGAUAUCAGAUAACGUAGACAUUUACGAUCAAGUUGACGAGGACGGAUAUAAAUCAGUUUACAAUGAAAGAAUUAAUAAACCAGAUUUCAUUCAAGAUGAUGAUGGCUUGGGUUAUUUGGAUAAUGGUUUAGACGAUUAUGAUUGGUCAACUCAGAACCCAGCCAGCGGCGACGACGACGACGUUAAACCAAAGAGAAAGCCCCAGAAUAAAAAGGUUAAACAGAAAGAAAGCCUCGGUGCCUUCUUUGCGCGAUCUCAAACCACCAAUCCUUCCCCUCAAAUGUCUUCUUAUCGUAAACAAGUCCCAGAAACUCAAGCUGAUGAUUUCAUGUCCAACUUGUUAUCUGGGUUAGAUGAUUCAUCCACCUCAAACACUCUAAACCACCCCCCACGUCGUCAAGCUAUCCCCAAAUCUAACUUGUUCGCUAAACACAGAUCUCAUGAUGAGAAUCCAGGUUACAGCUCUCAAUCAAACAACCCAGUCUCCUCUUCAGACCCUCCUUACUCUUCUGAUCUCGAUUUAGCCCCUCCUUCCUCCAAUUCCACCCACUUACGCAGAAAAUUUGAUGAAAACGCUUCCAUUUCAUCUUCCCCUACUAAAAAACUACGUAAUCAUCCCCCUUCCAGUUCUGACAAUGACUUUGACCCCUUUGAAGAUAACUCGAGCGUGAAAAAUGAGGUGAAAAUUGAACCAGAUGGUAUAAACUCUUUGAAUAGCGUUGAUGACACUAAAAAACCCUCUAUCGACAUUCCCAACAACACCGCCCCCAAAGCCUGGCUCUCUGUUCUUGAUAAUAUCGCUCCCUCUCCUCCACCCUCCCCAAAACCAGAUGAUCAUGUCGACUUUAAAAGGGAAGGUUCCGCUACUGACAGCCCUCUCUACGACGAUGAAGGCUGUGUGCGCUUUUACUGGCUUGAUUACAUUGAAGACUUUGGUCGCGUCAUUCUCUUCGGUAAGGCCUUUGACCCUGACGCAAACAAAUGGCAGUCAACUUCCGUCUCUAUAGAGGGCAUCCAGCGCAAUCUUUUCGUCACUCCACGACCUUUCAAACUCGACGAUGACGGUAAUCAGACUGAUCAACCUGUCGAGCAAAUGGACGUGCACAACGAAAUGCAAGACAUACGCAAAGCCAGUAAAAUUAAAUCUUGGGCUGCUAAGUUCGUAAAACGCAGCUACGCUUUCGAAGAAAAAGACAUCCCCCAUCAACAGUCUGACUGGCUCAAGGUUAUCUAUGGCUUCAACGAGCCUCAUCUUCCGCUAGGUCUGUCUGGAAAGACAUUUUCGCAUAUAUUCGGCACAAACACCUCUCCAUUUGAACUCUUUGUCGUUAAGAGACAGAUCAUGGGUCCAUGCUGGCUCAAGUUGGAGGAUGCCUACGUCACACAAAAGGGUACUACAUGGUGCAAACACCAGUUCACUGUCACUGAUCCAAAAACUGUCCAGCAUUUCACUGAAUCUGAUGCUGAAUCUCCCAAAGAACCCCCACCACUCACCAUAAUGAGUUUGGCGACAAGAACUACUGUCAACCACACCGCCAAUUGCAGAGAACUCGUCGCUGCUACGGCAAGAGUGUGGUCUGAUAUCAAUAUUGAAGAUCCUACUCCACCUGAACAGCAGCCAUCAUCCUCCAUCACUCUCGUACGUCCCAUUGUCAUGUAUCCACCAGGUUUCGAGAUGAAGGCUCGUCAGCAGAAACCAAAAAUUGAGCCGAUGCGUAACGAGAAGGCGGUGUUGAGCAAUGUGCUCGCUUCUGUGCAGCGACAUGACCCUGAUGUCCUCGUCGGACAUGAUUUAAUGGAAGAUAGUCUUGAGACGCUCUUGAACAGAAUGCACGAAAUGAAAAUACCUAAUUGGUCCAAAAUGGGUAGAGUCAGGAGAGAUAAAUGGCCAAGAGCCAAGUUUGGACGCAACAAACUCAUCACGAGUGGAAGAUUGAUCUGUGAUUUGAGUUCAGAUGCAGGAAAGGGCAUGAUCUCUUCGACUACUUGGUCCAUGACUGAAAUGGUUGGCACUCACCUGGGUACUCAGCGCGAGGAUAUCGACCCUGACGACACUUCCGCCUACCUUGAUCGCUUCUCUCCUUCACCAGACCGCAUGAUACAUUUCGUCAAACACUGCGAAGUCGACGCCGUCUUCAAUAUGGCUCUCGCUGCUAAGGUCCAGAUACUCCCUCUCACCCGCCAGCUCACCAAUCUCGCCGGUAAUAGCUGGGGCAGGACUCUUACUGGAGGUAGAGCCGAGCGUAACGAAUUCAUUCUCCUUCACGAGUUCCACAGACAAAAGACCAUUUGUCCAGACAAACUCAGCAAGUUCGAUAAGAAAGCUGCGCAGUUGGAAGCCGCUGCUGAGAAUGGCGAAGACGAAGCACCUUCUAAAAAGAAAGGAGGUCGCAAGGAUAAAUUCAAGGGUGGUCUUGUUUUCGAACCUAAAAAGGGGCUGUGGGAUAAGUAUAUCCUCGUGAUGGAUUUCAACUCGCUUUAUCCAUCUAUUAUACAGGAAUACAACAUCGACUUCACCACAGUGGAGCGCCCGGAAGAUGAUGGAGAAGACGAGGAGAAGAUUCCAGAGGUUCCUCCACCGGGAUCUGGUCAGGGUGUAUUGCCGAAACUGAUUGCAACGCUUGUCAACCGUCGUAAACAAGUGAAGGGGUUGAUGAAGGAUAAGAAUGCGACGACAGCCAAGUUGAUGCAACUUGAUAUACGUCAGAUGGCCCUCAAGCUCACGGCUAAUUCUAUGUAUGGUUGUUUAGGUUUUGAAGGGUCCCGGUUCUAUGCACGCCCUCUCGCCGCGCUGACAACUUUCAAGGGUCGUGAGAUCCUCACACACACGCGCGAGCUGGCUGAAUCGAUGCAGCUGGAUGUCGUCUAUGGUGACACGGACUCCGUCUUUAUCAAUUCGAACGCAUACACGUACGAUGAUGCGCUCAAGGUGGCGAGCGAGUUCAAGAAGUACGUUAAUGAGCGGUACAAGUUGCUCGAGAUAGAUCUCGAUGGUGUUUUUAAACGGUUGUUGCUUCUGCAGAAGAAGAAGUACGCGGCAAUCAAGAUGGCAGAUGGCGUCGAAACAACUGAGGUGAAGGGCUUGGAUAUGAAGCGUAGGGAGUACUCGCAGCUUUCAAAAAACACUUCGCAGUACGUCCUCGACCAGAUACUCAGUGGGGAGUCUACGGAGGUUGUAGUGGAGCAAAUACACGAGUACUUGGGUGUGGUGAGCGAGAGCAUCCGUAGCGGCAAGGUGCCACUGGAGGAGUAUAUCAUCAACAAGCGCUUAGGUAAGGACCCAGAGGCUUACCCCGACUCUAAGUCUCAGCCACAUGUCCUCCUCGCUCUCCGCAUCAAGAAACGCGGUGGUGCCGUGCGCAGUGGUGACGUCGUCAGCUACAUCUUCUGUCAGUCUCCAGAUGGCUCCUCCAGCAAGACGGGCAAGGCGGAGAAUGCUCACAGUAUAGAUGAAAUCAGACGCGAUGGAAUGUCAGUGGAUUAUGAAUACUACCUCACUUCUCAAGUCCUACCACCUAUCGAGCGUCUGUGCGAUAAUAUCGAGGGCACAGACCGUGCGCGACUAGCGGAGUGUUUGGGACUCGACCCUGCUCGUUUCCAGACGCAAACGAUGGGUGCAAGCAACGACAAGGAAUUCCACACCCUCGAAUCGCAGAUGUCCGAUAAGGAGAGGUUCAGACAUGCUGAGCGACUCGUGCUACGCUGCGUGGGUUGUGACGAGCAGAAUGAGUUCGGCAGUCUCCUUGAUGAUACUAAACACAUGCAGACGCGCGGUAUCGUCUGUCAAAAUUGCAAGGGUGUGCUGCCUCUUGGAAGCGUCGCCACUCAGCUCGAGAUAAAGCUUAGGCAGUGCAUUGCGCGCUAUUACGAAGCUACCCUGGUUUGUAAUGAUCAGGCUUGUGGUAAUACCACUCGCAUGAUGGGCGUUUAUGGUAAGCGGUGCCUUGCGCCUAAUUGCCUCGGAAGUAUGUCGUAUGCGUAUGACGACCAGAUGCUUUACAAUCAACUUUUAUACUUUGCGAGAUUGUUCGACGCGGAUAGGAUCAUGACGCAGGCUAAGACGGGUGGUAAUUAUGAUGAAAUUCACCUCCUCUGCGAAAAAAAUAAACCCACCUUCUUUACCCUCCACAACACCGUGGCUAAGUUCCUCGAACGCAAUGCUCGCUCCGUGGUCUCUCUCGCUGAUAUUUUCUCUUUUAUGAACCUACAGCAACGUCGUUGGAGAGUGGCGGUGUGA